AACCUGGUGUGUAAUCCCAAGGUAACUGCUCAGUGUUGUAAUUGUUUGCCACAGAGGUCAGUGGUGUCUGGGAUUACGCAAGCACGGAAGACGUGACAUUGCUAAAAUUCCCAAAACACUAUCAGCAAGGAACGAAGAAACAGGUUUGUAAUCAGGAAGACCUUUUAAAUAACCCACCCAAAGGAAAUGCAUAUACAAAACGAUCGUCAAAGAGGAGAUAAAACAAGUCCAUUGACCUAAACUGUCACCAUAGCACAGGGAACAAGUUUAAACUGUCGUUGUGAAACAUUGAGGAGAACAAAGUUCAUACGAAGUUUCUGCUAUUACGACAACACAAAGCUUCUAGUAUUACGACAAUGAAGAAGUCGUUUCUGUAAGUGAAUGAGCCAAAGACAAACCAGUUAACAUCUUUUCUUUGAAAUCUGGUGAGGACACAUGGUGAGGACUGUAAAGAUGGAGCAGGACUGUCAAGUCGGAAAACCCAUGCCUCCAGCUGAUCCCAAUCUGACAAGCCCAGACAAUCAUUAUGACCUCACUGCCAGUGCAAGAGAGGAAGUGGGAAGCACCAAGGAGAACGAGGGUGAUUCCACACACAUGGACCAGAGCAAUGCCCAAGAGAAGCCAGUCAUGAAAACUAAGAUGGAACCCUCCUCCACAAAACUGUGUGGAUACCUGAACAAACUUGGGGGGCCCUUGAAGGCCUGGAAAGCCCGCUGGUUUGUUUUCGAAGAGAAGAAGUGCCAGCUGUACUACUACAGAACAUCACAGGAUGUCAAUCCCUUGGGAAGCAUUGACCUGGCUAACGCUACCUUUGGCUACCCGGAUCAAGCUCAGGAAGGGACCUUUCAAAUUCAAAUCCCAGGACGGGUUGUUGUGCUGAAGGCAUUAAACAGCCAAGCCAUGCUGUAUUGGUUGCAGCAGCUGCAAAUAAAACGGUGGCAGCACAAUACCAGCCUGGUGAAAAUACCUGCAGAGGCCUCCACUACCUCCACACAGCUCUGCCAGCUGCCUUCUGCACCUUGGGAAGGAAGGACAGAGGACUUCCUCCCAGCAGUAAAGACCCCCAAGGGCCUAGUCGGAGAAGCCGCAGCCUGUCUGCCAGACCCCUGGCAACAAAAUGCACUGCAAAAGCUCUCCCUCAAGCACCCCAUCACAGAGAUACAGAACACAGUCCUCAAUAUCUGUGGAAACAAGCCAGCUCAGGAGCUGAGGCGGAGUGUGUUCAACUUUGACAAGAUUCAGCAGUCGCAAGACUGUCCCUGUGAGGAUCCUGUGACACAGAUACUGGGGGAAACAACAGCACCGCCUGUACCUCUGACACCCCCAGCACCUACAGUCCUUUCAGCUCCUUCAGUUUCUUCAGUUACAAACGAGUCUGCGCAGGAAGCAAAGACUGGAGGAAAGAGUUCUCCAUCAAGCAGCAUGAACAAGAGGGAGAAGAAAAUGACCAGUUCUCUUCAGCCUUCUGGGGAGGUGGUGUCAGGAAAGGAGGGUAGCCCCGUGGACAAACUAUCCAGACUCCAGCACGAGGUGUUCACGCUCACUGAGGAGCUCAAGUCACAAAAGGAGCUGGUGCGACUCCUUCACAAGGCCCUGGAGGCAGCACAGCAGGAGAAGAGGACCAGCAAACAGUUCCUGGCAGCAGCAGGGGAGCAGGAGCGGCUGGAGCUGGUGCGGCACAAAGAGAGGUGUAUCGCGGACCUGGACGGCCGCCUGGAGGCCCUGCUCAAAGACAAGGAGGAGCUGGAGCAGCGGCUGGCCAUGCAGGACUGCCAAGUGAAUGAGCUGCAGCAGCACGUGCAGCUCAUGAUGGAGAAGAACAACGCCAAGCAGGAAGUCAUCCUCAAGCUCUCCGAGCAGGUGGCCGCCUGCAUGGCUGACCCCCAGCGUACCGUAGCCAACUCCAUGGGCACAGAGACCUUCUGCAGGCUGCAGGAGCAGAUUGAGCACCUCAAGGACGAUAUAGAGGCGCACAAGAUCCAAAACAAGUUCCUCAACUCUGAAGUCUACCAGCUUACUAAGCUGUGGAGGAACAGUUCAGAAGAGGAGAAGGGCCUCCUGAUGAAGUGUGCCUACCUGGAGGCCAAAAACUGCCAGAUUGAGAGCAAGUACCUGGUCAUGCUGCGCAGGCUGCAGGAGAGCAAAGGGCUGGACAGCAGUCAGCAGGAGAUGGUGAAAAGGCUCAUUGAGGACGCACUGCAGGGAGACAAGAAGGAUGUCUUUAAACUCAACCCUGUCAGUGAAUACGACGACUAUGGAUUCAAGACCAUUCCUGAUUAUGAAGUAGAGGACGUGAAGCUCCUGGCCAAAAUCCAGGCCCUGGAGAUCCGUUCCAACAACCUGCGCAACAAUGAGAUGGUGGACAAGCCCUUGCAGACCAGGUGGGCUAACUACCUGGCCAGCCGUCCCUUGGACCAGCUGGCUCCCUCCCCGGAGCUGAAGGGCCUGAUCCGGUGUGGGAUCCCUGUGGAGUACCGGGAGCAGGUGUGGCGCUGGAUCGUGAGGACACGGACGCAGGUCUAUAGGAAGCGGAAUCCCAAUCGCUACCAGGAGCUGAGGAAGCACUGCGAGGUGUCGGAGCAUCCGGCCUCGCGGCAGAUCAGGCUGGACCUGCACCGCACCCUCACCAGCAAUAAGCACUUCUCCUCGCCCACCUCCGACGCAGUCCAAAAGCUGCAGCGCAUUCUGCUAGCUUUCUCCUGGCAAAACCCCACCAUCGGCUACUGCCAGGGCCUCAACCGGUUGGCAGCUAUUGCACUUUUAGUUCUGAAGGAUGAAGAGGAUGCCUUCUGGUGUCUGGUGGCUGUUGUUGAAAUCAUAAUGCCACAAGACUACUACAGCAAAACCCUCACUGCCUCUCAGGCUGAUCAGAGGGUGUUCCGUGACUUUCUUGCUGAGAAGAUGCCUCGCCUGACGGCCCACUUCAAGGAGCACAGCAUCGAUCAUUCCCUCAUCACCUUCAACUGGUUCCUGGUGGUCUUCGUGGAAAGCCUGGUCAGCGACAUCCUGCUCAGAGUGUGGGAUGCUUUCCUCUAUGAGGGCACAAAGGUGAUAUUUCGCUAUGCACUGGCCCUCUUUAAGUACAAUGAAGAGGACAUUCUAAAAAUUCACGACAAUCUGGAAAUCUACCAAUACCUCCGUUUUUUCACCAAAACUAUCUCUGAUGGCAGGAAACUAAUGACCAUAGCGUUUAAUGAUAUGAACCCCUUCCCUAUGAAGCUGCUGAAGAACAGACGAGAGUUUCACAUGGAGAGGCUGACAGCCGAGCUGCAGGAGCUGGAGAGAAUACAGGAGGAGUUUGUGAAAGAACAACAAGUGGAGCGCAAAGACAAGGACCUGGACACUGCUGUCAGCGAAGACGAAGAAGAAACUAAUGAACAUAGCAUUUAAUGAUAUGAAUCCCUUCCCUAUGAAGCUGCUGAAGAACAGACGAGAGUUUCACAUGUAGAGGCUGACAGCCGAGCUGCUGGAGCUGGAGAGGAUACAGAAGGAAUUUGUGAAAGAACAACAAGUGGAGCGCAAAGACAAGGACCUGGACACUGCUGUCAGCGAAGACGAAGAAGUAAUACAGACUGCAGUUAGCUUGCAUCACAUGUCCUGACGUUAUUGAAAAAUUACACAUCACUAAUACUAUUUAAACUAAUUUGUUUGCCUUAUUAUUCCCUGCUGUGGAAUAUAGUGGGGCUUACAUAUUGUGUAUGUCACACAUACAUCUAACUGUUAUCCUUUGUCUGUUGUUGAGUAUAUAGGUAUAUCAGACUUACAUUUUUACAUGUACAGUUCGGCUCUUAUUUUCUAAUGGCGCGUGAUGUACCGACAUACUUGUUUUAGAGUCAACAAAUUAAGUUUACCAAACCUGUCAAAAUGCAGAAUAUUAAUGGAAAUAGGUGUGUUGGUAAUACACACACACUACAUCUCUGAAUGCUUGACUUCAAAUCCAGUUUAAGUCACACAUGAAAGGAGUAUGGUGGUCCUAAGCCCUCGGCUUCCACAUCACAAAACCAACACACAGUGCAGCACAAUUGGCACAAAGGGCAAACCUGUUUCUUAUCUCAUAAAACAGCCUUUUACUAUAAUUGUCAUCUGUCAGUCUCUGAAUUUCUUCAAUCAGCAGUUCCAUUCCACUCAGAUCAAUUUAGUAAAUUAAUUAUUUUGUAGUUUCCCAAGAAAACAAAAACUCAUUAGAGAUCUUGAAAAUUAAUGUCUUGAAAUGUGAUUAAUUUAGGCCAGGCUAAUCUGAACAAGUACAGAGAUUCCAGUUACUUUUCAGACCGGCAACCAGGUUCCAGAUUUUCUAAACGAGACUAUCUCUGAAAUAAACUUAUUUUUUAUGCAUUGUUUGUUUGUUUAUAUUCCUGUAAAUUGCAUAGUUCAGUUAUUGCUAAGUUAAGAGAAAGACGUUGCUUUGUUUAAUUAUGUUAAAUUGUAUGGCAAUCCUUCAUGAUUUGCAUGAAUUCACUUAGGUUUAGAGGUACAGUUUUAAUUCAUGUACCUCUGAUAAACCUAAACUAAGUGACGAAAGCAAAAACACAAACGUUUUUUACUUGAGCUUGAAAAGGAAAAAAUAGGAUGAAUACAGUGCUAUAUAUACUGUGUGUGUGUGUGUGUGUGUGUGUGUGUAUAUAUAUAUAUAUAAUUGAUCGCUACAUAUAGAUUUUUCAACGCUGGUAAAAUGUUUAAUUCAGUAAUGAUUUUAAAAAUGCAAGACAUGUAACAACUACAUGUCUAAAGUUUUUAAAUGCCAACUGUUAAAUAAAUAGAAUUAUGGAUAUUAAUGUGUUGAUAGUAGGGAUAGCUUUUGUUACUGGAGCAUGGCUGCAUUGUCUAUUGCGCUGAAUUUUAACCAAUUUUAACAAAUUGUUCCCAUUAUUCUUAUUUUUUAUUUUAGCUUUUCUCUUCAAAUAUUUUUUAGAAAACAAAAAAGCACAAACAAAAUCUCAGUGCGUUUCGUCUUAUUCAUGAGUAGACUUAAUUUGAUACAGAGGAACACCCCUUUUUUAUACACUCAAUUUUCCACAGGUUAUUAAUCACCUUUUAAGAGAUGGCUCAGUUGACAAACAACUCUUGAGAAGGGAAACUUUUGUGAUAUUUUUUUUUAAUUCUGUUCCACCACAUGGCCUUAAUGAAGACUUUAAAUAUGGGUAUUUUUUGUAGAAUGUAUGUUUGUAUGUAUACAGUAUAUACCUCUGUUCAUUAUUCAAGUUGCAGAGUAAAAAGAAAAAAGUAACUUAGUAAAAGAAUAUUUAGUGGUAUGAAAAGUUUUGUGUUGACGUACAGAUUGAGUGUUUAAAAUAAUAUAAAAAAGUAUGGUCUUCUGCCUUCUGUUGUCAUUUCUGUACCUAAUUACUUAUUAAUUUCAGUUGUUUUUGAUUGUUCUGAUUGUCAAUUGAAGGUUUGUGACGUAAAGGUGAUUAAUCGCCUGUGGAGAAUUGAGUUUAAAAAAAAGGGGUGUUCCUCUGUAUCAAAUUAAGUUUACUCAUGAUUAAGACUCUGUCGAAACACGUUGAGAUUUUGUUUGUGCUUUUUUUGUUUACUAAAAAAUGUGAAGAGAAAAGCUAAAAUAAAAAAUAAGAAUAAUGGAAAAAUGUGUUAAACUAAAUUAUUUUUGUGAAAAAUGGGUUGUCUUUCACUCAAAUCAAUGUAUAAGGGCCUGUUGGCAACCAAUACAAGCUGCCUUUAUUUUCUCAGGUGUUGCCAGGUUGAUUACCUGGUCAAAGACUAAACACAUACAUGUAAAACAUUUAGAACAUAUUUGUAUUCUGUAUUUGUAUAUUAUGAUAUUUUAUUGGAUUUUUUAUGUACGUAUCAUUGCACAAUAGGGAGAAUUAACGAGAACAUUUAUAAUAUUUAGGCGUUCAUUUUUGUAUUGCUGUUUUAUAAUGUGAUGGCAAUCUGAACUAUAGUCAAAGUCUCUCAAAGUGAAUUAUUAUUUUAGGAAAGUAUUACGGCACAAGCACUUAUAUAUUACCAGUGUCACUCUCCUCACAAGGUUAAACUGUGAAACCCAGAACAUACUUUAACUGGCUGAGAUGAGCCCUUUUCAAGGCAUUUUCUCUGCUGUAUAAUAUAACAGAACUUGUUUUUUGAUGAAAUGGUGUGCAUUUUUUGCAUCCUUUGUGUAAGGUAUUUGAACUGAAAAACAUCAAAUACUGGUAUUAUCAUUGUGUUGUUUUAGAUUUGUUAAACAAAAUCUUAUUCUACUGAAAAUAUUUUUCUUUUGUUUCUAUAAAGGUUUAUAUAAAUACAGUAAUAACAUUUGCUGACACUGCAGUGGAGAAACACUUCAUUUAUUAAUUUGUCCCACAGCAAAUUCAGAAAAGAUUGUUCUACAACAGUGUUAAUAUCUCCCUUUAGUUUACUGAUAAUAAAUGUUAAUAAAAAACAUUAACUAAUAUUAAA